AUGCUCUUCUUUCAGGACAUAUACCAGCCAAAAGGGAGCAGAACUCAUAGUCUGUUUAGUGAAGAAGUUGAGCCUUUCUCUAGUUUCCUCACAGAUUCAUUUGGUCGACAACAUGAUUAUUUGCGGAUAUCGCUCACCGAAAGAUGUAAUCUAAGGUGUAAAUACUGCAUGCCUGAAGAGGGUGUGGCAUUGACCCCCAAGAAUGAACUACUCACUACCCAGGAGAUUAUCAAAAUUGCCUCCCUGUUUGUACGAGAGGGUGUCAGGAAGAUACGUCUCACAGGAGGGGAACCAUUGGUCAGGAAAGACAUCAUAGAAUUAAUAGGUGAACUUAAUGCAUUGAAAUCACAUGGCCUGGAAAGUAUUGCCAUGACAACGAAUGGUAUCACACUCUCAAAGAAGCUUCCACAACUAGUUAGUGCUGGUCUAAACCAGUUGAACAUUAGCUUAGAUACACUAGUGCCAGCAAAAUUUGAGUUUGUCACCCGGAGGAAAGGCUGGGAUAGAGUCCUCAAGAGCAUUGAUGAUGCUAUAGAGCAUGGCUUUGAUCCAGUGAAGGUCAACUGUGUUGUAAUGAGGGGGUUGAAUGAGGAGGAAAUAUGUGACUUUGUAGCUCUCACAGAAAACAAGAACAUAGAUGUGCGGUUCAUAGAGUACAUGCCAUUUGAUGGCAACAAGUGGAAUGAAAACAAAAUGGUGUCUUAUCAAGAAAUGCUCAAUAUUAUCCGACAGCGAUGGCCAAAUUUCGAUAAACUUUCUGAUGCCAAAAGUGACACUUCAAAGGCAUAUAGGGUGUCUGGGUUCAAAGGUCAAGUAGGUUUUAUCACGUCGAUGAGUGAACACUUCUGUGGGGGAUGCAACAGACUCCGUAUCACUGCAGAUGGGAACUUGAAGGUAUGUCUGUUCGGCAACUCUGAAGUGCCGCAAGAAGAAACAACAUGCUGGAAUGGUGACUCUGUCAAAGAUGAAGAAUCGUCCUAUGAUUUUGAUUGGUGGGUGAGGCUAAACUAUUUAUCAUAUGCAUACACCAAGACAUCAAGUGCCAUCUAUAACAUUCCUCCGAGUUGGAUGACAUCAGAAUUUAACCAGAAUUCUACGAAACGCGGUGAUUAUGACAUCAUGAAACUUCAGAACUAUAGUGACAAAAAAUGUCAGUGUAGAAAUGUAAAUAAGAAAAGCAUUGUUAAAAUCUGUGAUAUAAGUGAUUCAAAAAUGAUAAUCAGCAAUAAUCAAAAGGAGCAGAACAUUGAUAUAAACAACAGGCCUCCAAUGAAUAUAGCCACUGCAUCAUUGUUGAAUAUUCAAUGUGUUAAGUUGUUAGGCAACACUUUGAACAAAACCUAUGCAGUUCAUCAAUAUAGAACCUAUAGCAAAAAGGUUGAUGGUGACAAAACAUGCAAUAAAGGACAAGAUGAGAAAAAUGAAUAUUCUGACCGUCAUGAUUGGCUAGAUGAGGAUACAAUGAAGUAUUGGGAGACACCUAGUGGUAAUAUAGAGCAAACUGGCUCAGUGGCACCACCUGGUGGAUUAAUCCCUGGUAUAAGGAGUAAUUUUGGUGGGUUGGUUAACCAACUUGGCCAGUCAGUAGGAAAUAUUGGUGUUAACAAAUAUGAUGAAGAGGAAGAGAAUAAGUUAACACAUACAGAUGAACAAGGGAAGGCCAAUAUGGUGAAUGUUGGGAACAAAGACGAUACACAUCGUGUUGCUAUAGCAAAAGGAACAAUCGUCCUUGGGGAAAAGGCAUAUCACCUUGUCCGAGAAAAUAAAAUGAAGAAAGGUGAUGUCUUAACUGUUGCUCAAAUAGCUGGAAUAAUGGCUGCUAAGAAAACCUCUGAUUUGGUCCCUCUUUGCCAUGCUAUACCAAUCACAAAAUCAGACAUAUGGUUUGAGUUCAAUGAGGAAAAUCAUGAGAUUUUGAUAACAGGUGAAGUUCACACUGUUGGGAAAACCGGAGUUGAAAUGGAGGCUCUAGCCUCAGUUUCAGUUGCGGCUCUUACCAUUUAUGAUAUGUGUAAGGCUGUCACAAGGGAUAUGAUAAUACAAGAUGUGAAACUAAUGAAAAAGACAGGUGGAGCAAGAGGUGAUUACAAAAGAAAUGAUUGUUAA